GGAGGCAGGGGAGGGGGAGUUGGGAUUCCAGCAAGGCUUCCUCAGAAAAGACCAUGUUGCUGCCUCUUGCUGCUUCUGCUUCAGCUCCCAGCAAAGCACAAACUUAUAAGAAAAAAACUUCUAAGAGGAUAAACUAUGAUCAGUUGGAUGCAUUAUGUAGCAUCAGUGGGCUACAAAACAGGAAGAAUCCACACACCACUGAAGAAGCUCAUCAAAAGUUUAUGAAACUUUAUCCCAAAAUAUUCUACCAAGAAAAGACUGUAUUGCCAGGAAUUCCUCCAACACUCUCAAAGAGGGUACUGUCCAGUGAUUCAGUGGAUGGAAGUAAAGUAGACAAAACGUCUCACGAUAUCGAUAUUUACAUUAAAAAGAUCAAAAAUCCCAAGAAGGUGUGGCGUGAAUCUCCUGAGUUCAAGGAGAAGAUGAAUAUUCUAAUAAGGAUACUGAGAAAAAUCCCCAUUCUGAGAUCUGUCAAAGAACAUAACACAGUGUAUGAGAUGAUGAAGCUCAUUCCUGACAUCAGGGCUCAGCUUUCUGAUGAAGAACUGAGGGAACUCAGCAUGUGUACCAUCAAGGAAUACUGGGCAAAAGGAAGCACAGUUGUUGGAAAUCAAGGUUUCUAUGCCAUAUUGAAAGGCUCUGCUAGACCUCAAGCAAGGUGUUACAAAAGAAUGCUUGGAGAAGACUUUGAUUCAUCAUGUGUAGCAAUGUCAACUACUAGUCAAGCUACUAUGUUUGGUUUUUCAGGCCGAACAAUGCUUAUCAGAGGAAGUUGUUUUGGGACUCUGGAAACAGCCCCACCAAAACUGCCGCACAUCCUGCUGUCCAUCAUUACAGAAGAAAACUGCGAAAUUCUUAAAAUUUCUUCCACAGAUUAUUUGAGAAUAAAAGAGGAAAUAGCUAAGCGUGAACAAAUUGCCAAGGAAGAAUUAAUUCAUGGCUGUCCAUAUUAUCGCGACUGGCCUAUGCUUUAUGUAUUUCAGUUAAUGUCUCAUUUGAAAUGGAGGCAAUUUCCUGCAGGCUAUGUGCUUUUAAAAGGAGGAGAAAUCAGUACAUUUGUAGGAUUUAUUAAAUCUGGAUACUGUAAUGUUUACAGAGAAACUGAGGCACUUGUGAAACUACCACUGGGGAAAAUGGUUAAACAAACCAGACAGGUUCUUGUGGGUCAGCUCCAUGAGAAACAGUCCUUUGGAGAAGUGAGCAUUCUUCUUCAGACCCCUUUCACAUGCAGAGUCGUAACAGCGACAGAUGUUAAAUUGGGCAUAAUUGAUGCCAGUGCUAUACUAGGUUUGGACGUGGUGAUUCAAAUGCUUCUCCUCCAAACAGCUGAGCCAACAUUUAAUAAUAUCACACAAGAUGAGAUCAACUUUGAAUAUAUAAAUAAAGAGAAACACAAAGAAUGGCAGAGUGUCAAGAACAAGAUGGUGCAGGAUAUAUUGUUUCACAAUGGAAUUAGCCCUGGUUUGGGGAAAUGGACACAUGAGUGGAGUCAUCCUGCCAAGAGGGGGGAAAAAUCGACAGACCAAGCAUCGUUGAGUUGCUGUCUGAGUGACAGCAGUGUAUGAGAGGCUGGGGACUUCGGUGUAAGCCAACAGUCAUUUCAUCAAUCCUCUCCCUCUGAGCUCUUCCAGCAGCCUUCCUAGAUUAAAUCCUUCGCCCACCCUGUUUGUUUCUGUACACCAGCAUGCAGCUGUUAAUUAUUUUGGCUUGGCAACCCUUCCUUCUCCCUACCCGCCUGUUUCCUGCACUAUGACCCAUUUAAUCUUUUUGUGAUGGAAGAAAUAAA